UUGGAAGUUUCUAGAAGCGUCACUCCGGUGAACAGUCCGAGUCGAGAAAUUCCGUUCCGAAGCAGCGAGAGAGAGAGAGAGAGAAAAAGAAGGAAAGUCGUGCAGCAGCAGCAGCAGCAGCAGCUCAGCUCAGCCACGAGAGCGACGACGACGGGCGGCCUCCAUUUUGUGUGUGUGUAAUUGACGUUUGGCCGCGCGCCGAGAGAUUUGCGCUCGAAUAGUACAGUCAGAGUCUGGUUUAGCGCACGUGCGGUUGUGCCUCGAUUUUCGCGGGGAACCUCGUCCUCUUGCUCCGAAAAGGACGUGGCUGCAGGUGCGACUCGAAGUCGGCCGAGAUCUGGUGAGGAGGACGCGAGUCGUCCUGGGCAAAGGACGAGGAUUCGCUUCCGCGAGCGCGCGCGUUUUCCUCGCUCGCCAGAGCUCUUUUUUCUAUCUCUGUCUCUCUCUCUCUCUCUCUCGCUCGCUCGCUCGCACGGCGGCGCUGCUGCUUGGAAAGUCGUCGCUGCAUUGCGCAGCUUCGCCUGGUGGGGGUAGGGACACGCUGUGCUAGAUGUAUAUCUAUAGAUGUAUAGUGUCUGACGCCCCCCCACCAUCCAGCCAUUGUUGACUCUCGCUGCUAUAUAGCAUAUACACAUUGUAUUAUCGCUCCCUCUCUAAGAAGAGUAUAGAAGAAAGAUGGCACGUACCAAGCAGACUGCGCGUAAGUCGACGGGAGGAAAGGCGCCCAGGAAGCAGCUGGCCACCAAGGCAGCGCGUAAGAGCGCACCCUCGACCGGUGGAGUCAAGAAGCCCCAUCGUUACAGGCCUGGUACCGUAGCCCUUCGUGAGAUCAGAAGAUACCAAAAGUCCACCGAGUUGCUGAUCAGGAAGUUGCCCUUCCAGCGUCUGGUUCGUGAAAUCGCGCAGGACUUCAAGACCGAUCUGCGUUUCCAGAGCGCAGCCAUCGGCGCUCUGCAGGAAGCCUCCGAGGCCUACCUGGUCGGUCUCUUCGAAGACACGAACUUGUGCGCCAUCCACGCCAAGAGGGUCACCAUUAUGCCCAAGGACAUCCAGCUGGCUCGGCGAAUUCGUGGCGAGCGUGCUUAAGGAGUGUCGUUUAAUGCAUACAUAACAUUUAAUACUACUGCUACUAUUAUUAUCCAUAGUUUCAUCUUGAUAUUACUAUUCAUGAUGAUGGAUGGGAGUAUAGAUUCAUUCCGAUCCACCUAUUGUGUUGCGUGUAUUAUCACUUUGGCGUAAGCAUUACUACACUCACAAUUCUUAGAUAUCAAGAAGAUAAAGCUUCAAACUAAUUUUAUGAUAGAUUAUUAUCCUUUUUUACAUCGGCGAACAAAAAAACAAAAGAGCUUGUUUAUUUUUUUUAAUUUUAAUGGUAUUGAAUUCGAGAAGACAAACAUUUACUUGCCGUAGUAGUUGAUAAGUCUCUUCCAACUUAUAUGACUCUUAUUAUACUUCUCUUUCUUCUUUGUUCGGACAAACCCUCAUUAUUGUCUAAUCAAUAGCAAAUCACUUUCCUAGUAUUAUAGCAACUCCACUAUUUGAAAAUGAAAAACUUAAUUAUUUUGUAGUAAUGUAAGAUCAUCAUCUUGUAUAACUAUCAUCCUUGAACCGAAUAUAAUUAUUUUAUAUGUGAGUAUAUAUACACACCACACACCAGCUAACGAAAAAAAUGGCGAGUUCUUAGAGAGUAACGUCUCUUUUUUUAUAGCGUAAAUUGACACAAAAAAAUGUAGAAUGUACGGAAAUAACAUAAAUGGACUUUGACGUGGAUCAUGGUUCUUUGUGUGAAAAAAAUCGCGUUUCUUAAAUAAACAAUACAAAGACAAAAAAAAA